AUGUUGAAUGCCGUCCUAGGACUGCUGAUGCUCAUAGCAGUGACUGAAUUUCUCAUUGGUCUAGUUGGAAAUGGAAUCCUUGUGGUGUGGAGUUUUGGAGUAUGGAUCAGAAAGUUUAAGGAGUCUUCAUACAACUUCAUUGUCUUGGGCCUGGCUGGCUGCCGGUUUCUCUUGCAGUGGCUGAUCAUGUUGGACUUAAGUCUGUUUCCAUUUUUCCAGAGCAACCGUUGGCUUCUCUAUCUCAAUAUCUCUUGGGUUCUGGUCAGCCAGGCAAGUCUGUGGUUUGCCACCUUCCUCAGUGUCUUUUAUUGCAACAAGAUCACGACCUUUGAACAUCCUGCCUAUUUGUGGCUGAAGCAGAGGGUCUAUAGUCUGAGUCUCUGGUGCCUUCUGGGAUAUGUUAUUGUCAAUUUGUCACUUGCAUUCAACAUUGGCUUAAAUCCCAGUAAUCUUUCCAAAGGAAAUAACAGCAUUCUCUAUUCCUUUUCUGACAGGCAUUACUUUCAUAUUUUAAAGUUUAAUUCAGGAAGCUGGCUGCCUUGCAUAGUGUUUCUUGUUUCCUCUGGGAUGCUGAUUAUCUCUCUGUAUGGACACCACAGGAAGAUGAAGGGCCAUACAGCUGGUAGGAGGGAUGCUCGGGCCAAGGCUCACAUCACUGCCCUGAAGUCCUUGAGCUGCUUCCUUAUACUUUACAUGGUUUAUGUCAUAGCUAGCCCCUUCUCCAUCACCUCUAAGUCUGCUCCUGCUGAUCUCCCCAGGGUUUUUAUCUCUGAGACACUCAUGGCUGCCUAUCCUUCUCUUCAUUCUGUUAUGUUGGUCAUGGGGAUUCCUAAGGUGAAGCAGACUUGUCAGAGAAUCUCCUGGAAAACCGUGUGUGCUUGGAGAUCCCAGAGUCCCUGA